GCCGCCUACUUAUUACGUGACUUCCGGUGGAUUCAAUUGGCGGUAACACUGCCUGAAUUUGCGCUACUCUUAUGGUGGUGUUCCCUACCGGAGUCGCCCCGAUGGCAGCUAACACACGGCAAGUUUGCGGAGGCCGAACGGGCUAUACGUCGGGCGGCGGAGGUUAACGGGAAGUCUACCGCUGACAUCGACCACAAGUUACGUAAACUCAUGGAAAAAGCACUCGCCGAUAAGGAACAGGAUGUGACCAAUAAACGGGCCAAUCUGUUUGAUUUGUGUAAAACCAGGGUUAUGAUCAAGAAUACGGCCAUACUCUACUUUUCGUGGUUUGUCAACGCGUUUAUAUACUACGGGCUGUCGCUGAACACGAAUAACUUGGGCGGCAAUCCGUUCAUAAACUUCCUGAUGGCCGGUGCGGUCGAGUUCCCGGCCUAUGCCCUAUGCAUAUACCUGUUAAAAAAGUACGGGCGCCGACUGCCCCUCACGGCCGCCAUGUUGGGCGGGGGUNUGAAGCAUACUAUGAGGGAAAGCCUGCCGCGGGAUAGUAUACCCGCCCUGAAUAGUAUCUUGACCACCGGCCCGAUAGUUCGGCUUUCUCCGUAUCCGUUGAGCACUUCAUUAUAUCCAGGUCUGUUCGCAUUGGCGUACGGGGCCAGCGCCCGAUGGGGAACGGGAUUUGUUUUACUGCUGGAAACUGUAGGCCCCCAGUAUCGACCCGUGGUAGGCAUGGCCAUCGAGUUCGGUUGGGCGCUGGGCUAUAUCGUACUUCCCGGCGCCGCCUACUUAUUACGUGACUUCCGGUGGAUUCAAUUGGCGGUAACACUGCCUGAAUUUGCGCUACUCUUAUGGUGGUGUUCCCUACCGGAGUCGCCCCGAUGGCAGCUAACACACGGCAAGUUAAUCACUAGUUUAUUGAGGCACUGA